AUGAACAAAGCAUACAUGAGAACUUACCAUCUAUUGUCCAACAAAGUUGGCUUCCCCAGAAUACAAAGGCCGGCCUACAUUCUGUCACGGAGUUUGUGGUCAUCAUACACCGCAAGCCACCCAAAUUGUUUUACAUCGUCUACGCUAUCCGUCCGCUCGCCAGAUAUAUGCAUAGCGAUCGUAUCAAACACUUUUUCUCAUGCAGAGCUCGAAUCGAUCCCCAAACGUCUUACCACUUUACUACAUCCCAAGCUUUUGAUUGGUUGCGUAGUAGACAAGAUUCAUGGAAAUUUACCAGAUGGCGAUGGGGUAUCGCUUCUAGUUGGUGACUUGUCUUUAAACAAAUCUGUAUCAAUUUCAGAGUUUUCUUAUGAAAUUGAAGGGGAUAGAAAGCUAUUUAAAGCAAGUAAUUGGGUUAAGAAAGUUGAAGGGAAAGUGGAAGUGGAGAAGGACUUUUUUAUGUUUAGUGACAUGGAACCCCAUUUGUUAUUGAGGUCAUUAGAUCAUCAUUUUCCAGCUUACAAAAAGUUAGGCAUCAUCGGUACAUCUACUCCAUUCACGACAGCGCGACCAGUUACCUUAUUUUAUAAUGAGCAUGUACUAUCCCAGGGCGUUGUUGGGUUUUCGCUGACACCAAACAGUAUCGGAGAUAUCGCUCUUCAGCAUGAUUCAUUAAGUUCGCUUGGCAAUGUAAUGAAGAUAACAAAAUGUCGAGGAAAUAUCAUACUAGAAUUGGAUGGACUUAAUGCAACUCAGCUUCUGCUAGAUUAUUUACGAGCUGAAAAUGCUGUCAUAUCGAAGGAGGCUGACAUAUACUUGGGCAUAUGUCCACCGAGUGUUCAUAAAUGCGAUGUGGGAUUCUACCUUUAUAAUAAGCCCAAGAGCGAACCCACAAAAAUAACAAAGGGUCAUAUUCAACACUCCAUAGAAAAGUCAAUAAAUCUCUUUUUAUCUGUAUCUGAUCCGGAAGGUAACCAAAAUUCCACUAUUAAAAAUCCGGAUAAAUCAAAAGUAACAAAAAGUAAUACUUUUGGCGGUGUCAGCGAAAAUGGAAUUAUCAUUGGUCAGGGUGGUGUUGAAGGGAUCGUGGGUGUGCAAUAUACCAGAUUCGAUGAUUACAACUAG